GACGCACGUACAGCGGAAGCCCGGGGGACGCCGGACAGAGACGACCGGCACCCGAGCAGACAAACGAAUAUAUUUCUACUCCUGAACGACGCGAUCACGCAGCACUUGAUGCAGCGUGAGUAUGGUCGGCUGUGCGGGGUGCGCGAUUUGCGCCGCGCGUCGUGGGCGCGGCGGCACGACCAGCUCUUCAUCUUCAGUGGGCACACGCGCACCGUCGCGACCAAGGCGAACAAGCCUGUGUGGGCACGCUCCGUCUCGUGGCGCGGUCACGGCCCCAGCGUCAGCGCCCCUGCGUUGCCCAUCUCGCCCAACUCAACACGCUCCCCACCGGGAAUAUUGAGCCUGGGCUCCGGCUCGGGCUUGGAGCGCAACUCCAAGUCGCCCUCGACGGUGACGGCGGACACCUUCCCGCGCCUGGAGUCGUACGGCUGCCUGCGCAGUGCACCCGAUGCCGUGAGACCACAGUCUGUGGAGGCCGAUGCCGCGCAUCUUGUCAGACGAGUCUACGUGAACAUUGAACUCAUCUCCAAAGCAAAUACACAAGAUGCAUUGCGUGAGUUGAAUUGCAAAGUCACUGGGGAUCCGAAUGCGCGGAUGCGCUGGACCCCGCAAUCGUAUAUCAAUCACAUGUGGAACAAGUAUUGGGUUGCCUUACAGGGAUGGAGUCCACAUGUCCCGUUCAAGAAUCCCAGCAAUCUUCCUGGUGGCACCCGAGUCUUCGACAACUUGAUCUUCCGGUGCGAGCGUGGGAUCAUACGAUUUGUCAAGAUACCCGAGCACGAGCGCUGCAACAUCGACAUGACAAAGGUUGUGCCUGGCGGAAUUGUUGCCUGCAAACCAUGGCCUGGUCGCCCGGAUAUCAAGCGUGCCCGGCAUCGUCCGGUAUCAAAUCCGCACAAUCUUCCCUUACGCAGACAGCGACCAGGCCCGAUCACACCGGAGUAUGUGUGGGAAAAUACUGAUGCCGAGAUAAGAGAUGAUGGCACACUCGAGGACGACGAGAUAGUAGAGACAUGGGACGAAGAAUGUGCACAGACCAAAAUAGCAUUCACCAUGGCUACCACACCUCAAUGGGUGCAACAGCAGUGCGAGCAGAUGUCAACCAAUGGGUAUUUCUGGCAGAAUGAGGGACCCUCACGCACCGCUAUGGCCUUUGCACCCCCCCGGUGGACGUCCCGCCGGACAACGAGCAGCGACCACAUCAUGGCCCUGCCACUGCUGCAUGAGCUCACGCGGCCCAUCACCCUGUGCUUGCCCAGCCCCAGGACCGCGUUGCAUGCGCACGACGAUCCUGGGGUCUGCACGCGCGACUAUGCAUACGUGCACGAUGCGGUGCCCGCUCAGGCCCCGACGCACCGCGCGUUUUCCAACCCUGGCGCCCCGUUCUCCCUGCAGUCCAGGACAUCGACCAACAUCUUGCAGUACAACCUUGUCAGCGCGCGCAACGGCAAUGGCAACGGCAACGGCAGAUCGAGCAGCGGCAGCAGCGGCAGUGGCAUGGAUGCGCUCCCGGGCCUGUGGCAGAUGAUUGGCACGUUGCGGCCGCAGUCGAGGAGGGAGAGGUCACGCGUGCGCGAGAAAGAGCGAGAGCGGACUGCGCGGGAGCAGGACAAGCGCUUCCGGACCCGCCAGUCGGGGAGCAGCGGCGGCAUCCCCGACAUCAUGGUGGAGUCGCCAACCACCGCCACGGUUUCCCGGGCCUCGACGAUCGCUGUGGCCAACCAGCCGCAUCUAUUGAGCCCAAAGAUGCAUCAGCCGUCCCUGCCGCUGCCCGCUGACGCCGCAAAUUGCGCUGUCUCCGACUCUGAUCAGCGGCCGCUACUCCCGCUGCCAGAGUUCUACCUGACCACGCCCAGCGCCGUCGGCAUUGCCAACGAGGUUGAGCAGCAGCUCCCCGCCGGGUUCGUGCCCAUGAGCGCCGCCGACCCCCCACACGACUUCGGUGCGACGAAAGCGAAGGGGCCCAGAUACAGCUACGAGGUCGCGCCAAUACCCCCUGGCGUGGUCUAUCCCGAUCUGCCUGGCAGGAGAAGCGCCACG